UUUAUCAGACCAGAGUUUUUUCUCAUUGCUCUGUACCGCACGUACAUCGACGAUUAACCCUUACGCCCUCGACAGUACUUUCCUCGGUCGACGAUACCCGUUUACAGUUGACUACCGUCUUCGAUCCGUACAUUAUUCACGAUGGUGAGAGAAUUCAAAGCCCCCGUCAAUGUUUCGCCGCUCAUCAGGUUUUCCCGAUGGAGUUUUCUGUUGUUGGGUGCAACUUAUGGAGUUACAAGACAUAGUUAUCUCCAAAAGAAAGAAGAUAAAACCAGAGAUCAUCGUCUACAAAUAAAAGCUGAAAGGGAAGCUUUGAUUGCAGCAGAAAAGAAGAAACUUCGCGAUGAGGAAGAAAAAAAUUUGGACCUUAUGUUUAAUCCACCUAAGACUACAUAAAAACAUCAGUUAAUUAAACUAACAUAAUAAUUAUUUUGAUA